GCGGGGUGGUGCUGGAGCCUGCUGGAGUGGCGUUUCGCGUAGGGGCGAGAUGUUGUUUUGUUGUGGCGAUCAGCUGAAUGUGGCAUCGCUGUCCGGACUGACACAACAACAACAACAACAACAACAACAGUGGGAAGCCUCCCGAGCCCCUCCGGCUCUCCCUCCACAGAAGCACAGCGGACGGCCGCGGAGAGCAGCUCCAUCCGGCGCGGAGCGAUCCAGGAAAUGCGGACUUCUGGCCCUUUAUUCGCUCCGGGAUAAAUGGCUGCAGCAGCACUGUAGCAAGCUGUGCCUGUGAAGCGUCUCUGAGGGGGAAGACCAGACUGCUCUGUCAGACCCAUUCAGAGGCUGAACGGAUAACACUCUUGACAACCAACAAAGGAGAUGCAGAGGAGACCUUGGGAGGGCUGUUAGGAUGGCUGAGGCUGGACAGAAGCAGAACUGCUUUGUACAGAGAGAUGAUCCAUGUUUACCUGCAACCGUGCAGCUCCAGGGCACCUUUUAAUGAUGCCUCAUUUGGUCCUCUUGAAUAACUCUUGGCCCACGCUGAAAAAGGCCCUCCAUUGUGAUUUACAACUCAGUCUGUCGAUGUUCCCCUGCCUCUGACCUCUCUGCUGCCAUGCGGUUAGCCCCAUGAGGCUCCGAGAGCCCUUCCUUGUGCGUCUGUGAGGCCUCCUCCCCACUCUAUGGAGGCUGAGCCCAGCCGUCCGGCUGAUGGGGAGCGCUCUGGAAGGCAAGAGCAGCAGCAGCAGCAUGUGACGCCUGAAUCCUCUCUAGGAUCUUGUCCACCUCAGCAGCCCCAGCAGCCUCCGAAUCCUCGCCCUGUACACAGAUCCGUGGGCCGCCUGCAAAACCGCCAGCCCAAACGCACUGACCAUCUGCUUCGGUUACAGCAGCAGCAAGCAGUACAAUGGCAGCAAUCAGACACCGCAGGUCCCUCGGGAGGCAGCUUCUACUCUCCAGCUUCCUCAUCAAUCUCAUCCCUCCCAUCUACUUCCUCCACCCGGGGCGAGCAUGGUCACGGGGUCCCAUCUCAGUCCAGCCAAGAGGGCCUAGAAGGAGUCAGCUCACCCAGAAAAGGGGAGAAGAAACCCCCAAAACCAGGGAAAUAUGUGUGCACUUACUGUGGCCGUCCAUGUGCCAAGCCAAGUGUUCUUCAGAAACACAUUCGCUCCCAUACAGGAGAAAGACCCUACCCUUGUGUCCCCUGUGGCUUUUCUUUCAAGACCAAGAGCAACCUGUACAAGCACCGCAAGUCCCAUGCCCAUCGCAUUAAAGCGGGCCUGGUGUCCAGUCGCGAUGAGCCCAGUUUGAGUGGACCAGAGGGCAGUGGCGUUGGAGAAGACCCCGAGGAACACACAGAGGGAGAAAGCACAGAGUCUGAGGAAGAGACGGGCCAACACAGAAAAUCCUCCUCUAAGGAGAUGUCGGGCCAGCAGAGGAAAGGUGGCAAGGAGCCGCUGGGAGGCUCAGAGGAGAGCCAGAGGCCCGAAGACUCCCAGGCUGUCAAGCAAAGGCUGGCGCUAAGGCUUAGCGAAAGGAAACGUGGCCAGAUGGCUUCUCCAGAUGACCCUCCUUCCUCCCUCUCCACCUCAUCUUCCUCCCUAGGCCCUGGCAGUAAGGGCAGCACAGAGUCUGGCUACUUCUCCGGGUCAGGCAGCACUGACUUGUCCCAAGCUAGCCCUCCCAGCACCAGUGCCAAAACCUACGCAGAAAUUAUUCUAGGUAAAUAUGGAAGACUGGGAGGGCAGCAGCGCAGUCCCCAUCAGCAGCAGCCUCAUUCUUCCUCAUUCUUAGGAACGGAGGAGAAGAGCAUUCCUUUCACUGUACCCAAAACCCAAGUAAUAGAACACAUCACCAAGCUCAUCACUAUCAAUGAAGCGGUAGUAGACACCACUAAGAUUGACAGUGUGAAGCCUAGACGCUCCUCUCUGUCCAGGAAGAGCAGCAUGGAGUCACCCAAAUUUACCACCCCGUUAGAUCCUUACGCAUUCGACCACAAAGGAGAAGCCCCUGGCCCCAGCGGUUUGAAGCACCUUCACAGUCCUGAGGCAGAUCCACCAGGUACCCAGGAGCAGUCGGCGGUGCCUCUGCACAGAAGCCACUCAAUGCCAUCCUCUACCAGCCAAGGAGAGCCCUCCACCUCUGGCGCCAUGUCUCCCAGAGGUUACCGCCUCUGCCAGUCGUUCGAUGAGCAGCAAGCGGCGGCAGCAGAGAUGAGGGUUGCCCAAGCCCAGCGCAUGCUGAGGCGCCAGCCUGCCAUAGAAGUUCCACUGGGAGCUGAGCUAAUGCCGGAGGAGGCCGGCGCCACUUCCUCCUCCUCAGCCAGAGGCGCCGAACAAGCCAGGCAGCCACAGCAGCAACAACAGCAAAAGAGUCCGAGCCUGUUUGAAUGUGAAGCAUGUAGGGCCCACUUCCAACACAGCGAAGGCUACGAGGCCCACAGAGCCGCAUGCCCAGGGCAGCAAACGCUGGAGCAGGAGAGCGGGGAUGCAAGUAAACCGUGCAGGGAGGAUCGCCCCCAGAUGAUGAUGCACUAUAAGUUCCGAGCGCUGGCCAUGGCGGUGAGGAAGAGGAGGAAAGAGGAAAGCCUGGAGGAGGAUCCUCCCAGCCCUGGGUCUGUAGCCGUGUCAGGCAGCUCUGCAGGCCUCAUUCCUGUGCCAAGCAGACCAGAGCACAGCCAGGUCCCCUCAGGUGUUUCUUUACAGACUGAGCCAAAACAACAACAGCAGCAGCAGCAGCAGCAGCAGCAGGACAGGAAGGGUGUGUCCGUCAUCCAACACACAAGCUCUUUUGAGAAGCAAGAGAGUGUAUCCAUGGAGAGUCAGGAACCAGACCUCAGAGAGAGUCAGCAAACACAACAGCCCGAGCCAAAACCGUCACCCUCUACAUCUCGCCUCAUCCGCCAGCCAAACAUCCAAGUGCCAGAGAUCCUUGUUACUGUGGAGCCCGACGCUGACAUGCCAUCUGUGUCGCCGCCAGUGACCUCAUUCAAGGAGGCAGAGCGAGUGGAGGAGUUCCAGUGGCCUCAGCGUAGCCAGUCUCUGGCCCAGCUCCCUGCAGAGAAGCUGCCACCAAAGAAGAAGAGACUCCGCCUGGCAGAAGCAGCCCAGUCCUCCGGGGAGUCCAGCUUUGAGUCUGUGUCUGUGCCUCGCAGCCCCAGUCAAGAGAGCAACAUCUCCCACACUUCAAGCCUUACUGCUUCCUUCGAGGACACGGCGAGAUCGGAGCCUGCCGUCUGGGCCUCUAGUAGCCAAAGCUCCCAGAUGUUGACGGUACCGUCCGCUUCCCACCAACACCACCAAAGCCACAAGGAGAUGAGGCGCUCGGCCUCGGAGCAGACCCCUGCCAGCGCCCAACAAACGGAGCAGGUCUCAGAGACCAGAAGUAAGUCAUUUGACUAUGGGUCCCUGACCUCUCAGCAAUCUUCGUCCUCCUGGAAAGAAAGGAGGAAGUGUCUCCUUGUGAAGCACGCCACCUUGGGGGAGCCUGAGCAGGAGGAGGGGGCCGGCGUGAGUCAGCUGUCCAGAGCAGAGAGUCCAAAGCCUGGGCCAUCACGCUCCAUCCGUCCUCCUCUAUACUCAACAGAGGUUAGCUCCCAGUUCAGCCUGGACGUCACGGGGAAAGCCUUGCAGCUGUUACAGCCGCAAGUCUUCCCGCCCGCUCAGGAUGUGCUCCCUCUGCAGCAAGCGUUUCCCCCAGGAUCGCUAUCCCAGCUGAUCCCCGUCACCACGGCCAUCACUGAAGUACUCUCCACCCAGAUCAUCCACAGAGCCUUCUUACAUUCACACACAGCUCCUCCACCAAUACAGAUUCACCCAGCGCAGAUCCACAUGGCAGAACAGUUGGGGAUACCGUUUCAUCAGCUUCCUACUCUAGUUCCUCUCCAGUUCGCUUCCAGGACUAGAGCCAGCCAGGCUCUGUUCUUGCCUUUUCCUCCAAGACUAACUGCACAUGUUCCUUCCCCUUCCACGACAGAGAGCAGACCCUCGAUCUCUUCCAUGUCUUCUCCCCAUACACAUCAGUCCCUUGUAAGAAUCUCUUACCACCACCCACGGACGAUCGUCGCCACAUGCGUGGCACAGCUCACACCAGUAGUGUCCCUCGUGGUGCCGGUGCGCCUCCAGACCCAUAUACCUACCUAUGCCAGUGCCAUGUAUACCACCCUGUCCCAGAUACUGGCCACCACACGCUCACAGGAACCCAUUUGUUGCACAGCUAUGGUCAUCAUGGGCCAGGUGGAGCGGGACAAGCUGCAGAGGUCCUACUUGAGGGUCCCCUCGCCGAACAUCAAGAGCCUUCUCCCCCUGACUCUGCCAACGGAGCUGGCCUCAGGAUCAGGGGAGGGAUACGGUCCGCUGGGGGCUGGAGGAAGCAAACGCAUGCUUUCUCCUGCAGCCAGUCUGGAGCUCAGCACAGAGGCACAGCGUCACCAGAAAAGGGUAAAAGAGGAGGAGGAAGGGGAGGAGGAUAAGGCAGGAGAGGAAGAGGAGGAUGUAAGACAGGAAGAAGAAAGUAAAGCCACUGGGAGAGAACUGGAAGAGGGGGAGAAGAAACAGCCAGAGGGGGAAGAGGUGACAACUGGGAAAGUAGAGGGGGAGCAGGAGCAAGUACCAAGGAAACAUAACAGGGAGGAAAAGGAGGAGGAGGAAGAGGAGGAGGUGAAGGAGCUCACUGAAAAGACAAGUAAAAAAAAGGAGGAGGUGCCAGUUGUGCAAGAGGGGGCUGAAAGACCAGCGGCCCCUUCGUUCCCCAGCCUCCACAACUCCCCCUCAGUCAACUGGUGCUACCUGAACUAUGUCAAACCCAACCCGUCUACCCUGAGGGACCCCCGCUGCUCAGUUUACUCUACCUGGAGCGUCAGCGCUCACAACCCCAACCUGCCGGGCCUCAGCACUAAGGUGGCGUUGUCUCUGCUGUGCUCCAAACAGAAGCACAGCUCAGAGACGUACACCAUGGCCAUGGCCACAAACCCGGCCAAGAGCAUACUGGCCCCUGCCGGUAGCAGGACCCCACGUGUGUCAGAGGUACAUGCCACCCCACCCAGCACCCUCACCAAAGUAAAGGAUCAGCAGCAGCUUGACAAGGAGGAGAACAAAGAGAUGAGAGAAGAGGAAGAACCCUCCACCUCCAAACAGAGCGAACCCCCUCGUGUUCGCAUCUUCGAUGGCGGGUAUAAGUCCAAUGAAGAGUAUGUUUAUGUGAGAGGUCGCGGCCGGGGCAAGUACAUAUGUGAAGAGUGUGGCAUCCGCUGUAAGAAGCCUAGCAUGCUGAAAAAGCACAUUCGAACGCACACCGAUGUCCGUCCGUAUAUUUGCAAACACUGCAACUUUGCCUUCAAAACCAAAGGGAACCUCACUAAACACAUGAAGUCAAAGGCUCAUGGGAAAAAAUGCCAGGCAAUGGGAGUAUCCGAGUCAUCACUGGACGAGCCGGAGAGCGAGGAAACAGCAGGAAGUGACGAACGCGCGUGCGGCUCAGAGGAACAGGAGGAACACCAGUUUUCUGACGUGGAAGAGUCCGAGGACGACGACGACAACGACGACGACGAUGACGAAGAAGAGGAGUCCGCAUCCCAUGACGAUCCGUCCUCCUGCUCGUCGGACACUCUCCAUUCAACGGGAGGGCAUUCCAGCUUGAGCAGGCGCUCUCAGCAGGGCACACCUGACCCCGAGGCACCGGGCCCCAGUCCGGGUCCGGAGCACUCCCCAAGGGGAGUCUGGCCCAGCAGACGAGCCGCAUCCCCAGGCAGCAGGAGGGCGCUGUUCUCCCGGCGGGGCUGGAAGGCGUCGCCGAGAGCCUUCUCCCCCAGCAGCGAGAGCUGUUCCCCGAGCCGUAGCCUCUCGCCCCGUCUGGAGCUGUCCUCGCCCAUCCACAGCCUCUCCCCCAGGACGGAGCUGUCCUCGCCCAGCCAACACUUCUCGCCCUCCCCCGAGAGAGGGCCGUCUUCUAUCAGACCCCUUUCUCCUCUUCGCCCCAUUUCGCCCAGCUGCUACCGGUCAUCACAAGCCUGGACCCCUCCUUCGCCACUCGGGCUACAUCACAGGACCCCUGGAUACCUACCAUGGGAGAGCCCUGGUACAAAGGGUAGUCAUAUCAGACCGGUGAGAAGGGGUACAGCAGCAGCAGAGGGGCCAACAUUGCCAGAGGCCGGCUUGUUCCCACCUGCUUUCCGUAUUUCCACCUGUGAGGCUUAUCCCGGACACCAGACAGCAGACAACAUCUUCAGCCAUCUUCCCAUGCACUCCCAACAAGCCAAGGUCCCCUAUCUGAUGAUCCCCAUCGGAGGAAUCCAAAUGGUACAGGCCAGACCGAGGUCCCACCCCACCACCCCCUCGUCCCCAACGUCUCCCCCCAUUGAGGGGCCAUCGCUGGCCAGAUUUGAAUCAUACUGGGGCGGGACCCCCAGAACUCAAGGGCUUAGGACUCCUGGAGAGCGCUGGUCAGAGCAUCAGACAGCAGGAACCAGCCAGUCAGGGCGGUGCGUUCUCAGUACAGCAGCACCAACGCGUUCCAAACAGGAGUCGGAGACCACGGACUCAAAGCAAUAUGGCAGCUCACACAGCUCCGCCCACACCCGCAGGCCUGCUACUGAGACCACCAAACACUGCGUCAGAGACGGUUCAAGAGCACCCCUCAGUCUAGCGGCCCCCGUGGCCUCGAAUGUCAUCAUCGGACAGCAGCCGGAGGUGGAGGAGCCUCCGUCUGGUGGCGAUCUGGUGGAGGGAGGAGCUAAAGGAGACAGAACAGACCAGAGCACUUAACGGUGUCUACAACCUUGAUGCGUCAUGCAUCUCAUUUUGCUUUAUUGGUUGCUACACUAGUCUUGUUUUUUUAUUGCUUUGUUUUUAUACAGUUUUCAAUACUAUUGUUAACUUAAAUGUUUGUUCUUUGGCAAUAUUCAGGUUUGUUAUAAAAAUGCACUUUUUUCUUUGUGAAAAUAAUGUCUAUCUAUGUAUAUAUAUAAAUUAUAUAUAUAUAAAUAUAUCCCUCCUGUAUCUCUGUUGAUACUGGUAAUCUUAAUGUCUGUUUAAAUAUAUGUAAAAAGGAAUAUGAAUAAAUUUGUAAAUGACCAAAAUCUUGAAUCAAAAAUAAUUCCAUUUUUUUUUUUUUUUUUGUCCAAAUUUUGUCCAGUAUUACUCAAAUUGUAGUUACAUGUGCCUUUUCUGUCCAGGUUUGUGUUUCGAGAUGUACAGUACAGAUAGACAAAGAGAAGGCUGUGAAAUUUUAUAUCCGCUUUUUUUUUCGUGUUGUUCAGGCGGAUUGAUAUUUGGUGUUUUGUUGCUUUAAUGCCAAGGAUAACAGAGAGUCGCAUCGCGGCGGUGUUGAAGGAGCAGCAGAAGUGUGUCAAAGGAAAUGCACUGAAGUACUAUUUUUUAUUACAAAAGGUUUUAGAUUAGAAUAUAUCUCUGUACAGGGAAGAGCGCUCCUUAUUUAUUGUUAUUUGAUGACAAUGAUCAUUGUUUCAAGGUUGUUGUUUUUUUGUUUUUUUUACUUUUUUUUUAUUGGAAAAAGGAUGUUUUUGUUACAUCUGUGUGUCUUUUUC